GGAUAGGAGUCUCCUUGGUGGAGGACUUGCUGAACAGCGCCCCUACUGGCUGGAUAGUUACAGCAGAGAACUGGCUGCAGAUGAGAUUUUCGGGCCAGUGGCCGAAAACAGAGCACCGUUGUCAUGUCAGCGACCGCUAGCCAGAGUGUCACCCCGGUUGUUGGUUUGUUUGUCGGGUUCGGAUAAAACAACAUGGGGUCUCAGACUCUACAGAUCCUGAGGCAGGGGGUCUGGGCUUCAAUCACAGGCGGAUGGUACUACGACCCCCAUCAAAACACGUUCGUCAACGCUCUUCACCUCUAAAUCUGCUGUUCCUGUUUUUUCCCCUUCACACUUUACAUGGCCCUGCCACCAACAAUGGUGAUUGUUGGACUGUACUGUGGUGUGAUUGCUGCCAUAUUUCUGCUGCUGAAGAUGGUGAAUUACCGCCUUCACCAUGCCCUGGAUGAGGGGGAGGUGAUCGAGCACAAGGCCAAGGAGGCACAGGAAGCAGAGGUGGCACAGAGGGGGCUAACGAUGGAAAGGUGUCACCCGUCGGCAAGACAGCAGUGCAGUGGUCCAGGGGACCCUGGAGGAGGUAUAGAGAUGGCAGACUUCAUUAGGCAAGAAACUCCUCCAGUGGACUGCAGUUCUAGGAACUCUUAUAUUGGGAUGGAGUCAAACCAACAGAUUGUAUCUGCCCACGGAAGAUCAACAGCAGCCAGAGGAGAUGUGAGAAAGAUUUCUGAUGACAUCAGUUUGACUCUUGUUGAGAGCUGCAGCCACGAUCAUGAUUUAUUAUCAGACACAAAGAUGUACUGCCUUGUUGCCAAUGACUCCUUCGCCUCCUUGCAGCCCUCAACCUCACUGUGUCCCUCAGAACUGUCCCGAGAGCCUGCUGAUCUCUGUAACUCCGCUGCUUAUCAUUUCAGCCUUUCACAUUCAUCCUGUGACACGGAUGUAACAGCUCUGGCAGCCAUGCAAUCUCAGACCUUUAGGAAAGAACUCCGUUCUCGAGGAUUACCUCGGACCUCAAGCUCGGCGGGUUCUGCCUUCCCUGACCCGUGUCUGCCAGACUUUGGUCUGUACCCUCCACCAAGGAGAGGUGGCCUUGACCCUGUUUGUGAGUUAGAGACUUCCAGACCACACAGGCCAGGGCUGUGUGACAAAGACGAGGCAAAGAAUUUGUACCAGCAGAACCAAGCUGUGGCCUCAACCUCAGGAACGGAUGGUCACAGUCGCAAGGAAUCAUGCAGAAUAGCACGCUCCGCCUCAAGGGACGCAGGGGAAGGUACCUCAUGUUUGUACCAGGUGGAUAUGACUGUCGGCGGGAAGGCCUCAAGCGGAGCAGGAAGAACCCACGUAGGAGAACGCAGUGCCGACAGCCUGAGGAGCCUCAGUACUCGCAGUAGUGGUUCCACUGAAAGCUACUGCAGUGGCACAGACAGGGACACAAACAGCACUCUCAGCAGCUUCCACAGUGAACAGACCAGCUCCACACAUGUGGAGAGCCUGCUCUCACUUUCAGGGGAUGAGUGUGCACGCCACAGAGGAGACACUGUCUCUGCUCCUACAGAAGGCAGGACUUCAAGCCUUGGCAGUGUUAGUUCUCGAGGUCUUGCUGUCCUACCUUCUAGGGAAGCCAAUAAAAACCCUCAUGCCAAUGAACUGACUGCUAAACAACCUGCUGACCCAACAUCUUCUCCAACGCAGGAACUUGCAAAAAUUUGCAGUUGCCAGGAAGAACCUGGCAUCAGGACCAGUGCUGAUGGCUCAACAGGUUCAGCAGCCACAGAACAGAAGCAGGUGAAAGAUGAGAAACAGCCAAAGUCAGCUAGCCUUGUUCAGAGAACUUCUUCCUUUUCGACUGGGCGCAGUGGACGCCGGCGAGCUGCCAAGAAAAGGGCAAGCAGCUUUGAUGCCAGCCGUCACAGGGACCUCAUUGCGUUGCGUGGUAUGGCCAAGCCUUGCAGUGCUGUGUUUACUGGGGGUGGGGAGGAGGACUCCAGUGAUCACAGUGAAAUCAGCUGCGCCUCUAGUCUUCACUCUAUCCACCACCUAAGCACAGACAGUUCUUCAAGCACCACCUCCCAUUCGUGCCACUCACCUGAGGGCCGCUACAUUGUCUUAAAAGCCAAGCACACCGCAGCCAAUGCAGCUUCCUCCACAUUGAAAGCUGUGUCGGGACCAGAGGCUGGAGUGAGAAAUGCAGGAAAGCGACGCACCUCCCGCCGUACCCCUUGCACAGCUAGUGCCAAAACACAUGCUAGAGUUUUGAGUUUGGACAGUGGUACAGCUGCCUGCCUUAAUGAUUCCCGUCACCUGGAAGCUCCAGCUGGACCAAGACCCCUUACCACCUCCAAGUCUGUCCUAGAAGCAAAGGAAGGGGAGGUUCUGGAUGCAGCAUCUCUGUUGGGUCGGGCCUCGCAGCUGGAGUCCAUGACCCGUUCCAGAAACAGUCUGCCCAACCAGCCAGCUUUCACUGAGCCUCAGGAUGCCUGUACCGUUUCCCUGCGAGCUCCAGGGAGUGAGGAGACUGUUAUAUUUCGGCGAGAACGUAGCACAUUUCGCCGACAAGCAGUGCGGCGGCGGCACAACGCAGGAAGUAACCCCACCCCACCCACUUCUCUAAUUGGAUCUCCUCUCAGUCUUCAGGAGGCUCUCAGCCAGGCCUCCCAGCCUUCUACAUCCCAGGUGAAAUGUCAGCUAUCCAGAACCCCAUCCCAGGUGACUGUGCUAAGUGCAAGUGUUUCCCUGCUGGCCAGGAAUGGAAGCACACACCUGGAGGGUUCUCAGGACAAGGCCUCAACAGUUGGUGCUUCCAGCUUGCAGGAUGACUUCGGAAAGCUCACUCCUUCUUUAUACGAGGCAGGUGGUUGUGACAUGUCCUUGGUCAACUUUGAGCCUGCAACCAGACGAGCCUCUAAUAACAUAUGGGACACCGACUCACACCUCUCCAGUUCUACCUCAGUCCGCUUUUACCCUCAUGACCUGAUUCGUCUGAACCGUCUGCUGUCAAUGGACCCAGAGCUGCUGGAGCAGCAGGAUGCAGAUCUGAGUCCGGACCUCCAGGAUACAUCUUUGGGCCAAGGGGACUCUGCAGCCACUACUGCCACCAGCAAGGCCAGGCAGUAUUAUCGCUUGUGGCUUCUGCCAUACCUGUGGGUUGGCCUGCACUUUGACAGACUCACCCUGCUGGCACUGUUUGACAGGAACCGUGAGGUUUUGGAGAACGUGCUGGCCGUUGUGCUGGCUGUCCUGGUGGCUUUCCUUGGAUCAGUCCUGCUCAUCCAGGGAUUCUUUACUGACAUCUGGAUUUUUCAGUUCUGCCUUGUCAUUGCAAGUUGUCAGUAUUCCUUACUUAAGAGUGUUCAGCCAGACUCUUCUUCCCCCCGACAUGGCCACAAUCGCGUCAUAGCAUACAGCCGCCCUGUCUACUUCUGCCUGUGCUGUGGCCUCAUUUGGCUUCUCCACUACAGCAGUCAGAGGAUCACUUCAACACGUUUCACGCUCUAUGGAGUUGCUCUCACCAGCUCGCUAAUACUCGCCUCUGCAAGGGACCUUGUCAUAGUCUUCACCCUGUGUUUUCCCGUCAUCUUCUUUGUGGGGCUGUUGCCACAAGUCAACACAUUCGCCAUGUAUCUCUUUGAGCCUGACAUCCAUGUGUUUGGGGGCAACGCUUCCACCAACCUUCUGUCAGCUCUGUACAGCGUCCUUCGCAGCGUCAUCACUGUAGCUCUGCUCUACGGGCUUUGCUAUGGCGCUCUGAAGGAGACCUGGGAGGCUCAUCACAUCCCAGUGUUGUUUUCUGUGUUCUGUGGCCUCUUGGUGGCAGUGUCGUACCAUCUGAGCCGGCAAAGCAGUGACCCUUCUGUCCUCAUCUCUUUGAUCCAGUCCAAGUUUUUGCCCAGUUUGAAGGACAAGGAUCCAGAGGAACCCCUGUCAGAAGUACAAGACCCUUUACCAGACAAGCUCAGGGCCUCAGUGAAUGAGCGUCUUCAGUCUGACCUGAUCGUCUGUGUGGUGAUUGCUGUUCUUUAUUUUGCCAUCCAUGUCAGCACAGUGUUCAUUGCGCUACAGCCUUAUUUGAGUUAUGUCCUGUAUGCCUUGCUGGGGACGGUGGGGUUGCUCACUCAUUACCUGCUGCCUCAAGUCCGUAAGCAGCUACCCUGGUACUGCUUCUCUCAUCCUCUGCUCAAAACCAAGGAGUACUAUCAGUUUGAAGUCAGGGAUGCAGCUCAUGUGAUGUGGUUUGAAAAGCUUCAUGUGUGGCUGCUGUUUGUCGAAAAGAAUGUUCUCUAUCCCCUCGUCAUCCUUAAUGAGCUGAGUGGCAGCGCCAGAGAGCUUGCCAGUCCCAAGAAACUUGACACAGAGGUUGGCGCGCUGAUGAUCACAGUGGCAGGCCUGAAGCUGCUCCGUUCUUCCUACAGCAGCCCUACCUACCAGUAUGUGACUGUCCUCUUUACUGUCCUCUUCUUUACCUUCGACUACUAUCAGUUGUCUGAGACACUGCUGCUCGACCUUUUCCUCAUGUCCAUCAUUUUCAGCAAGCUAUGGGAACUGUUCUUCAAGCUGCACUUUGUCUACACCUACAUCGCUCCCUGGCAGAUCACAUGGGGUUCAGCCUUCCAUGCUUUUGCUCAGCCAUUUGCUGUGCCUCGUAUCCUCCAUGCUGUUGUGUUCCAAGCUAUAGUGUCCGCUGUCUUCUCAACUCCCCCUCACCCCUUCCUGGGUAAGUGCCAUCUCAUCACCAGCUAUGUUCGCCCUGUCAAGUUCUGGGAGAGAGACUACAACACCAAGCGAGUGGACCACUCCAACACACGACUGGCUUCUCAGCUGGACGAAUCCCCAGGUUCUGAUGACAACAAUUUGAACUCUAUUUUCUAUGAACACCUCACUCGGUCUCUGCAGCACAGCCUGUGUGGAGAUCUCCUUCUGGGCCGAUGGGGGAACUUCAGCACUGGUGAUUGCUUUAUCCUCGCCUCCGACUACCUGAAUGCUCUGGUGCACCUUAUCGAGAUCGGCAAUGGUCUGGUUACUUUUCAGCUCAGAGGACUGGAAUUCAGAGGAACAUACUGCCAGCAGAGGGAGGUUGGCAUCACUGAGGGGGUGGAGGAAGAUGAGGGCUGCUGUUGCUGUGAGCCAGGGACACCUUCCCAUGUUUUGUCUUUUAAUGCUACCUUUGGGCAACGCUGGCUGGCCUGGGAGGUGCUCGUCACUAAAUAUGUGCUUGAGGGCUACAGCAUUACUGACAACAGCGCUGCUUCCAUGCUGCAGGUGUUUGAUCUGCGGCGCAUUUCCACAACUUACUAUGUUAAGGGUAUUAUCUACUAUGUCAUUGCAUCCAAACUGGAAGAAUGGCUCGCUAAUGAGACCAUGAAGGAUGGUCUGCAGGGAUGUGGUGAGAGGAACUAUGUAGACCUGGAUCCCACAUUCAAUCCCAACAUUGAUGAGGACUAUGACCAUCGUCUUGCAGGCAUCUCUAGGGAUAGCUUCUGCGGGGUUUACCUGGGCUGGAUCCAGUACUGCAACUCACAAAGGGCCAUUGCCGCUUGACAGUGACAAGACUCUUCUCUGGUACUGUUGUGCUAUGGCCUGUGUGUGUUGGGAAGGAGAGCUCUGGGAACAGCAGCCCAUCACAUGUCCAGCAAUCUGGAGUCUUUUCUUUAUGGGCUUCAUGCAUUAUUUAAAGGAGAUUUCCGCAUCUCCUCAGUGCGAGAUGAGUGGAUCUUCGCUGACAUGGAUCUGCUCAGGAAAGUAGUGGUGCCUGGAAUCCGAAUGUCUCUUAAAUUACACCAGGACCACUUCACAUCCCCCGAUGAGUAUGAUGACCCAAAGGUUCUUUUCGAGGCUAUCUCCUCCCACCAGCAGAACCUGGUCAUCGCUCAUGAGGGAGACCCAGCCUGGAGGAGUGCGGUGCUGUCCAAUGCCCCAUCACUCCUCGCCCUGCGUCAUGUUCUUGAUGAAGGCACCAAUGAGUACAAAAUUAUUAUGCUAAAUCGACGAUACCUCAGCUUCCGGGUCAUCAAGGUGAAUAAAGAAUGUGUUCGAGGCCUUUGGGCAGGGCAGCAGCAGGAGCUGGUGUUCCUGCGAAACAGAAACCCGGAACGUGGCAGCAUUCAGAAUGCUAAGCAGGCUCUGCGUAACAUGAUUAAUUCUUCUUGUGACCAGCCAAUUGGAUAUCCCAUCUAUGUAUCACCACUCACCACCUCCUACUGCAACUCACACCCCCAGCUGGGUCGCAUUCUUGGAGGUCCCAUCAGUUUUGGAAAUAUCCGCAACUUUGUUGUUAGCACCUGGCACAGGUUGCGGAAAGGUUGUGGUGCAGGAUGUAACAGUGGAGGGAAUAUUGAGGAUUCGGAUGCAGGGGGGCUGUCAUGUGGCAGUGGGAAUGGGACGGGAGUCAGCGUCUCCCAGCAGAGCUCAGUGUCACAGGGUGGUACUUCCGGUCCUGUCCCUCCUCACAGUUACCAGCCGCACUCUCUGGGCACCAGUCAGAGUUUCCAGUCUGUCCAGUCAGGUUUGGUACGCCACUCCCCUGCUCGGGCCUCUGUGGCCAGCCAUUCUUCAUCUUACCGCUACAGCAGCAGCCGCCACUCCUCCCUGCGCACCUCCACCACAGGCCUGGAGCCCUGCCGGCGUUCCUCCACCAGCCAGCUAUCUCUGCGCACACUCCCCACCUCCCUGCAGCUCCGGCUUGGCUCCACCUCUGAUCCGACCGGCCCUUCGGUAUCCCUUUCCAGCCACAGCAUCCCGCCCUGCAAACGCCACACGCUAGUGGGCCUGCUGGGCAGUGACGGCCUCUGCGGUACUGUCACCGACCCCCUCAGCCAGCAUCAUCACCAUCAUCACCACCCACAGCAACACAACCCCACCUUCUCCACUGUGCGCAGAGAUGACAUCUCUUACAGAGUGCAGAUUGUGGAUGUGAGCCAGGUACUGGACACCAUUCACUUAACAAAGCGGAAGGAGCUGCAUUGGCCUGAUGAGACAAUGCGACUGAGGGCAGGACGUACCUGCUGGAGGGACUGGAGCCCCUUGGAGGGCAUGGAAGGACAUGUGAUUCACCGUUGGGUGCCUUGUAGUCGAGAUCCAGCCAAUCGCUCCCAUAUCGACAAGACCAUCCUGCUGGUACAGGUGGAAGAUAAGCUAGUCCCCAUCAUUGAGACUGGGGUCAUUGAAUUGGGCGCAGAGGUUUGAAACAGAAGCACAGCUUAAACACUUUGGUACUCCUGAGCUUCCGGGCUUUCAGCAGGACAGAGGAGCUUGGGGACAAAUGAAGCAGAAGCUCUCCCUCGUGUUCCCAAAAGCUGAAGGGUAACUGAAGGCAGAAUAUACAUUUGUACAACAUCCUCUGUACCACGUCUACACACAUCUACAGUAUCUGCCUUUGCUUUGCAGAAAUGCUGCAUGACAGUAAACAACCC